GCUUGCACCUGCAGCCUCCCCACAACCUGGUACCAUCCCAAGAGUCCCUCUCCCCUCACUCAGCAUCCUACGGGGCCCAUCCCAGAGAUGCAGCCUGAAAACCCUGGGCACUUUGUCAUCAACUGCUUCCCAGACAUGGACGCUCAGGCGCCUCCAGCUCUGGGAAUCCAUGUUCACCCCGCCUCCGGAACACUUCUUCACCUGCUGGUGGACUUUGGGGACGGUUGUGGAGCUGAGAUGAGACUGUGUCCAAUGACAGGUGCAGCUGCAGUGACUAGCUGCCACCGGUACAAGAAAGAAGGAGUCUACAAGCUCAGGGCUGUUGUCCAUGAUGUUCAUGGAGCUAAUGUGGAACUGGGGCCAUAUUAUGUGAACAUUGACCAUGAGAACGUGUCUGUAUUCAUGAACUCCAGCUCUAUCCACGAGGGUGAAGCCCUUUCCUUUGCCGACUCCCUCCCACAGCAGAAAGGCACAGUCGUGACCCAUUGCUUUUCAUCUGUGUCUUCAUACAAUGUGACCUUUGUUUCUCAGACCCCAGCGGGCAGCGGCCAGGCUUGGCUUGGUGUGACUGUCGGGUAUAAGAUGCAAUCUGUGUCCAUCUACUCCAACGGAACUGUGUUUGCUGCAGACACAGACAUCACAUUUGUGGCUGUUACCAAGGAAACGAUACCCCUGAAGUUUGUGUGGUACCACGUGACGGUCGAGGCCAUCAGCAGGAUCGGCAGCGUAGUCUCUGAGUCCCACCUCAUCAGGGUACAGAAGAGAAUAAUGGCCAAUCGGCUCACAUCCCCGGCCUCAGCCCUGGUAAAUACCAACGUGUCCUUUGAGUGCAGGCUCAACUUUGGCACGGAUGUAGCCUAUCUUUGGAACUUCGGAGAUGGUACCACCGAGGUGGGCAGCAGCUCCUCCAGCCACGUUUACAGCAGGGAGGGUGAGUUUACAGUUGAAGUCCUGGCCUUCAAUAACAUCAGCUCCGCCGUCCUAAGGAAGACGCUUUUCAUCGUGCACGAGCCUUGCCAGCCACCUCCAGUGAAGAACAUGGGGCCUAAGAAGGUGCAGAUAUGGCGGUCUCAGCCCCUGAGCCUGGCGGUGACUCUGGAAGCUGCCGUCCUCUGUAACAUGUCCCAAGGGCUUUCCUACACCUGGACCAUUGUGGAUGCUGAGGCGACUGCCGUCACCCUCCCUGCUGCCGUCAACACCCUCGGGCAGACCAUUGUGCUCCCUAGCUACACCCUGGAGUGUGGGAACUACACUGCCACAGCCAAGGUUCAGAUCAAGGGAAGUGUGGUGUAUAGCAACUACAGUGUUGGUGUGGACGUUCGAGCCAGGGCUCCUGUCAGCGUGAUCUCUGAAGGCACCCACGUCUUCAUCCCCAGGACCACCACGACCUCUGUCAUCCUCAGAGGCUUCCAGUCCUACGACCCUGACAACCCUGGGGCUGCUCUCAGGUAUCACUGGACUUGCACCGCAGCCAGCUCACCAAGGUGGCCCUGCUUUGAGGACUCUAAUCCAUACCAAGUAGACGCUCAGGCUCCUGCCAUUUCCUUCCCAGCAAAAUGGCUCAGUGGGUGCUGUGACCAGUUCCUUGUGACCCUGACAGUCUCCAGCAAUGGACAGAACUCUUCUCAGGCCUUGAUAUUCCUGUCCACCCGUUCAGACCCGGACUUCAGAUUCGUCCACAUCUCGUGGGUCAACUUUAGAGACAUCCGCGUAAACUGGAAUGAAGAGCUGUCUCUCCGAGCUGUGUGUGAAGACUGUGACGAUAUACCAGACCUCACUUAUUCCUGGGAUCUCUUCCUGGUCAACGCGACAGAAAAGAAUACCAUGGAAGUCCCCUUUUGCAGCACUGUGGGGCUGCUGGGCACUUCGGCAUCUGGGGCCAUUCUGAAGUUGUCUCAGUCAGACCUGCAGUCAAGCCGGAGAGGAUCCCUGGCACGACACUCACCAGAGACAUCACCCAUGCCCCCAAGCUGGACAACUCUUCAAAACCCGGGAAGCAUUUCCUCUGAGUCUACAGCAGGAGGACACCACAUUCUUGCAGCGGUGGGUCCCAUGGCAGGCUCCGGGGAGCCCAUGGAGGAUUCCAGCUCACUGAGUCCAGCACCAGAUUCCCUGGAUGAGGAAGCUUUGAUGAUGAGUGCCCCAGAGGGAAGCUGGCCUCCUAGCUCCUCCACUACCCUUGACGAUUUUGAAGCUUAUUACAGUGACAUCCAAGAAGACGUGCCGUCCUUCGGAAGACAGCCAGGGAUCGAUACCAACUUCCAGGAAUCAGGACCAGGCAUGAGUGCCGAGGAGAGUGCCAAUGAUGGGGACAACCUGCUGGGCCCUUUCCUCCACACAGGCAGGGCAAAGCCAGCUCUCAUGAUUGACUGGCCCAAGGCCCUGGUCAGCCAAGCUGUCUUCCACAGCUACACCUCCUCAGGUAUCAUGGGACCGGAGGUGACAAUAAGACCGUUCUCACUGAGCAGUGGCGAGAUGUAUGUCUUUCAGGCUUCUGUAGCUUCAAAGAAGGCCUUACUAGGCAAAGCUCAGCUCUACAUAACGGUCAAUCAAGUUCCACAGGACAUGUCCUGUCAGGUGCGACCCCACAGUGGUGUGGAGGCACAAACCAUCUUCAGUGUCUUCUGCAUGUCAGGGAAACCGGACUUCCAUUAUGAAUUUCGCUACCGGGUAGGAAACACUUCUCCACACACCCUGUACAGUGGACGAGAUACCCAGUACUACUUUUUAUUACCAGCUGGUGAGACCUCAGACAAUUACAAAGUCAUUGUUUCUACUGAGAUCACAGAUGGCCAAGGUUCCAAGGUGCAGCCAUGCAGUGUGGAAGUGACUGUGCUACCCCGUUACCAUGGAAAUGACUGUCCUGACAAGGACCUAUACGACUCCACCCUGGACACCCUGUCUUCUCUCCAGCUGUUGGGGAGUUACACGGAAGUCCGGAACUACAUCGCCAUGACCACGGUGAUUCUGAGCCGUUUGUAUGUGGAGAGCAGAAACACGUCUUCCUGUGGCCUAUGGUCACAGAUACAAGAUGUAUUGAUUUCUUCAGCAUGCAGAGUACCAUUUACAGACCAGGAAGUAAUGGUGGACUCUAUUCAUAUACUGAGAGACCUCAUAAGCUUCCCUAAUAAGUUGAGCUCAAUGAGUGCUGUGCACAUCCUCGAAUAUGCACAGAUGCUCCUGGCCCAAGGUCCGUUCUCCAGGAAGUUGCUGGUCAACAAAAACCUGGGAGGUGAGCUUAUCCUUCUCAUCUCUGGAGUCUGGGAAGCUGCCAAAGAAGACACGAGAAAUGAGGACUCUCUGCAGGAAGAAGGCAUGAGGAUCAUCUCUGACAUGUUACUAACCUGUCUCUCCUUGAGCCACCAGCCUCAGUUUCACAUAAGCACUGGGCAGAUGGAGUUCUUUACCCUUCUCCAUCACGGCUUUCAGAAGUCUAGUCAGAACCUGGGCUUCAUCUGGGUCCAUUUCCCUGGUGUCCUGGCCCUGCACAGUCCUGCUCAAGAGGCAUCCCAAAGCCCAUGCUACAUCAGCCAGCUCAUGCUCUUCAUGACCAGCCCUUACCCAGAGGGACAAGCGCCUGGACAGGUGGGCAGUGUGGUGAGCCCUAGACUCUACAGCUGCAAGAGCAGAAGCCCCAUUCUCAGAGGACGGCUGGAGACACCUGUGACCGUGGAGUUUGGGGAGGAAGACUACCUGCACCAGAGACAUCCAACCGUGUACACCUUGCUUCGGGAUGAGGUGAAUCUCCACCGGUUCACUGGGCUUUCUGAAAAACCCCAGGAAACCUUACAGAUAUGCAUCAAAUUCUUGAAGCCCAGAACAAGAGCCUUCCCCAUCAUGUUGCUAGUAAGAUUCUCCAAGAAGGCUACGCCUUCGGAUUUUCUUGUGAAGCAGGUGUACUUCUGGGACGAGCAGACUGUGCAAAUUUAUGUACCUGCUGUUCCGUGGAAAGGAGCCGAUGUGGGGUAUUUGUCCCUACUAGAUGCUGAUUAUAACAGGAGACCUCCAAACAAAUACCUUGCUGGGGCAGUAAACUACACAGUGCAUUUCCAGUGGAUCCAGUGUGUGUUUUGGGACAAGACAGAGUGGAGAUCCGAAGGUCCCUGUCCGCAGCCCGGAACUUCUCCUGAGAGAGUCAACUGUAGCUACCAUCGCCUGGCGCCUUUCUCUGUCCUCAGAAGAAAGCUGAAUGCCACUUUCGAAGUGAGCAGCAUUUCUGAGUUUCGGAGUGACCCGCAUAAUUUGCUUCCUGGGAUUUUCAGUGUGUUUCUCUUGGUUCUUUAUGGAAUUCUGGUGACUAAAAGCAGAUGUUUAGGUUGUCACAAGAAAAGGAAACCUGGCUGUAUUUUUCUGGAAGGAGACGCCACACCUGGCCACCAGCUGUAUGCAGUCAUCGUUGACACUGGCUUCCGGUCACCAGCCCAGUUUACAUCAAAGGUUUUCAUCGUUUUAUGUGGUGAAAAUGGACUCUCAGAAACCAAAGAACUCUGCUGCCCAGAGAUGUCCUUAUUUGGAAGGAAUUCCAGGCACACCUUUAUACUGAGCACCCCUAACCAGCUGGGCCCACUCCAGAAAAUCCGCCUGUGGCACGACAGUAGUGGACCGUCCCCAAACUGGUUCGUCAGCCACGUGAUGGUGAAGGAGCUACACUCAGGCCAAGGCUGGUUCUUCUCUGCCCAGUGCUGGCUGGCUGUGAGCCUACGCCGUGGCCGUGGGCAGCGAGAGCUCUUCUGCCUGCACCGUGGUCUUGGCUUCUGGAAGCUUUUCUAUGCCAAGUUCACGGAGUACCUGGAGGAUUUCCACAUUUGGCUCUCACUGUACAGCCAGCCUCCCUCCAGCAGCUACCUGCGCACACAGCGGCUUGCCGUGGCCCUCUGUCUCCUGUGUGUCUAUUCGUGCCUCACUGCCCUGGUCACUGUGGGAGUCCAUGAACAGCGCCCGCUGGAUGUGGGUCCCACUCUGGAAUCCUUCCGUCUGGGUCUCCUGUGCACCUUUCUGGCCUGCCCAGCUGCCCAGCUGUUGUCGCUGCUCUUCAGGUUCAGCAAGGAAGCUGCAGAGCAUCUUCCAGGUGCACCACAGUGGCCUCUAAGAGGAGUGAAGACAGAGGUACCUCAGGGCCCUGAUCACGAUGGGAGACCAGGUUUGAGGCAGCCAUCCCAGCAUCCUGUGUCCGACGUUCUCCCGGGGACUGACAGAGCUUGGAGGACGGCAGCCAAUAGCAGUGGGGUGACCUGUUCGCCCUUUCUUGCUCCGAGAGAGAAGAGCCGCCACUCUCCUCCCAGUUCACAUGCUCCCAGCGGUGGUUUUGAAGGGCUCAUGCCCCAGUGGUCAAGGGUCUGUCUGCGCUGGCCAAGCUCUGUGGUCUGGGCCAUUUGUGGGUUGGCGUCCCUGGCCUGUGGCUUGGGGACAGGAUUCCUAGGCUACAGGUUUGUGACAGAGCAGUGUAUGUGGUGGCUGCACCUGCUGCUUCUCUCUGUGGUCUGCUGUGUAUUUGUCACCCAGCCACUCAUGAUCUGUUUGGCAGCGCUGGCCUUUGCUUGGAAAAAGAAACAUGACAGCCAGUUUUUUACUGAGUCUUUACGUGAUGCAACCAAGGAUCUAGAUUUGGCAUUGGAAGAAUACUCCAGAACCCACCUUCCUCCGUCUCCCAACUCCCACAGUCCUGACAGUGCUGAGGAGGCCGAGAGGGUCUUGGCUGCGCGACGAGACCGCCACCUGCGCUGGGCUCAGGCACCAUCCAGGGCCAAGUUCAGAGUGACCAGGGAGAGACUGAGGAAAGAGAACCGGAUGCAGGCAGCACUGAGAGGCAUUUCCACGCACAGUCUCAUGCUGCUGCUGCUUUUGUUUAUAACGUAUGGGAGAGUCUGCCCAGGAGAAUAUUCUCUCAACCAAGCCAUCAGGAAGGGAUUUACAAGAAAUGCCAGACGCUCGUUUGGGGACCUGAACAGCACGGACGACUGGUGGGACUGGACUCUGAGCAUAUUGCUGGACGGGCUGCACCCAGAAGGACCCUCUGUUGGGUCCCGGGGGACUCAGCCUGGAGCUCUCGGAGGGCAGUGCCACCUCAUAGGCCCUGCGGUGAUCAAACAGCUCAUGGUUUCUUCUGGUACUGCAUGCGCGCUUCCCAGGCCAGUCUCAGAGCCCGCGGAAGAUGCACCACCUACACAGAGUCACGACCUUGACCUUGCGAACCUAAAAGUGACCCCUAGUGGUCCUGAGGCCUGUGGGGCGAUGAAGAAGAGCUCGGUGUACAGCCUAGGAAGAACAAGCCCUUGGGGAGGGCGGCUGGGCUUCUCUCCCUCACGGGGCACAGGUGAGGGUGGACACCAUCUUUUGGCUGCAGUUGCAUCUUUCCUGCAGGGACAAGGAGGGAAAGAGGGACAGUGGGCUCCUGGUGGGGACCCUAGCUCCCAGGAGGACUGCCUGUGCAGUAAUCAGAAGCCUGGGGAUCAUCUGUCCCCGGGAAGGCUUGCACUGGGUGUAUUGGGCACGGUGCCACAGUGGAAUUUUCCUGGGCUCCUAAGUCUUGUUUUCUGCCCUCCCUCUGAACCUGGGCUGUUUUCCAGGCAUGACAUCCACGCAGCCCUGACUGCUCUCAGGACCAGCAGGUGGGUGGAUCACAGCACCAGGGCCGUGUCUGUGCACUUCACUCUCUACAACCCUCCCACGCGCCUCUUCACCAGUGUGACCCUAGGUGCAGAGCUUCUCCCCACGGGAGGUCUUGUCCCCUCAUCCCUGGUCGAGUCAAUCAGCAUCUACGGUGACUCAGCCCCACGCUACCUUCUUAUGCUUUCUGAGCUGGCGUUCCUAGUCCUCAACGUGACCCACCUCUGUUUCCAGCUCUGGGGAAUGGCCACCAAGGGCGUCCUCAGCUACUGGAGAAAACCGAGACACUGGCUGGAGCUCUCUACGGUUGGAGUAGCCCUGGCCUACCAUGCGGCCUCUGGCCACCUCACUACCCUUGCCGAGAAUGUCACUGACCAGUUCCACAAAGGACUUCACCAGAUGUUUGUGGACCUAAGUCUGAUGGUGUCAUGGAAUCAGAGGGUAAGAUGGCUCCGGGGAAGCCUGCUGUUCCUCUGGAUGUUGAAAUGUGCUCACCUCCUCGGCCUCCUAAGCACCAGGGCAGCCUUCUCCGCAGUGACGCGUUCGUCUCUCUCCAGAGCCCUGGCACCCGCACUGUUAGGGGCCCUGUCGCUGGCUGCCUAUUCCCACUUGUGCCGGUUUCUGCUCUUCACUGGGACGCCACGACCCGGCACCUCUGCAGAUGCAUUUCCUGAGCUGCUGCUUCAGUUUCUGGGACGAAACCAAAUCUCUUGCAGUCUGCAAGAGUCUUGCAAUCUCUUGGAGUCUGGACGUCGAGCCGUGGCCCUGUUUCUGCUGGUGGCCGCUCUGUGUUUUGGAAUGCUGAGGGCUUCGCUCCUGACUUUUUUCCGAAAAAGAAAGUCUUCUCAAAGGAAAUCUCACGUGACACUUACAAAUGUGGCUCUUUAUGCGUGGCAUAAAGUCCUCACCACUCUGGGGCUGGAAACAACUCUGGAGGAGACUGAGGUGGCUACGGAUCAGAAUUAUUACCUGGAUGAAUUUUCAAGCCUAUUGGAUGAACUUCUGGUAAAGAUUGAUGGCUUGUCUGACAGCCUAGAACUCUCUAGCCUAGAAAAACAGUGGAGGGGGACAGUGGAGUCAAGAACGGCGGAGAGUCCUCUCGUUGGCAUUCCAGGGCACCAUGCUACUGCGACAAGAGAAUGACAGCAAAGACAAGACUAUCCUAGACAUCAGGUUUCUCCAGCUCCCAGCCAUCUUCUCCCCAGCUGUGUUUGCAAGGUGACCACUCCACCCAAGACGCCUGCUGAGCCCAGGCAGCUGCCAGCCAUCCUGAGCUGCUCACUGCUUGUGAGAUUCCAGCCUCACCGUGACCCUGAAACAUGUGUUUCCAUGCUACCAAGCUCUUGGGCAUGGGGAAGGAAGGCAGAACUUUGCAUUUGCGGAUCCUGUAAGCUGGAGUCAUCCUGGAAGCUUCAGAACCCUGAAUUCUAUGACAUCACUGUAAUGUGCAUAUAUCUGUAAGCAGUAUUUCCUCCACAGCCACAGGCAGGAUGUGUGGCGAGGACGAGCUAACCCAGACACAGACAAAAACUGCUUGAACUGUCAGCCACGUUCAGUGACGUCACGGUUGGGUGAGCAAAAACUUACUCCUUAACAGCACCAUAUGCACUUCCGUAUGUUUUUUUGCCAUGAAACACUCAGCAGUGUUUAGGCAGACUGUAUCCUAUAGAUACAUUGGCAUAGGACACUCAGCCAGCCAGUGGCUGCAGAGAAUGCUAUGUGUAUAUCACCAGCAUACACUGCCAUUGUGAUUUGACCUGAUGGGCGCUCUUGGAUAGAAUGUGUACCCCAUCUGCCUUGCUAGGAAAACACUGGCCAAGUGUCGGCUGUCAGCAAGGUCUAAUUCCCAUUCUUUCUGGAUGUCCAUUUUGCCAAUGAGCCCAAAAAUAAAUGGAAACAUUUGU